GUUUCUCCUUGUCAGUCUUUUUCCCAUGUCUGCACUCUUCCCCUCCUCUUGCGCUAUCUCUCUUGUUUGCACGUAUGGACCCAGAGCCUGCCUGCACCCACUAGCUAACGCAUAGAACUCACUCGAGCCUAACCCUUGCGAUGAUUCGGAUUAAUCUAGCACUGACACUGACAUCCAAGCCUGACAUUAAUCUAAGCCUGAAAUUGACACUGUCACUAAUUCCGUCCACGUCAUCCAGAAGCAUCUUCGCGAUGGACUCACUCUUGCCGGCCUGGAGUGUCUGACGCUACCGUACCGUACCGUUCCACACCACCGAGCUCCUCUCGCAGCCUGGAGAAGUUUUCGUUAGAAUACUCGCUAUGGAGUCUUCAGCUGGUUUUUAAGAAUCCUUAAUAACCAACUCAGCUCCUCUCUGAGGUUGGAGGAGUUCGCGUUAGAAUCACUCGCCAUGGAGUCUUCAGCGUGCAUCGGCGGUGCUGCUCCUCCGAGCCUCCUUCAGGGGGUCCCGAGCCUCCGUCAGGCUCGGCAAGACCAUUACCCCCCGUCCAUUCGUCCUGCCGGAGUCGCGAAUAGCGGCGACCUGCUGCCGCCACCUGCUAUAGAGCUAGGCGAGCGACGCGACCCAAUAUCCCUCGAGCCAAUCAUAAGCCCGCCUACUAUCCGCCGGACCGCGUCGAUAGGUACCAGCAGCGGUAGGGACUUUCACAUGUCCCUGCCUCAGAUACCUCCUCCUGUCGUCCCGGGACCCGCCUUAAUAGUGAUGUCAGACGAAGCCGAUUUAGACACCGGCAUAAGCAUAAUUUGUCCACCCAGAAAUGGGCUCCUAUUUAGCCCUACCGACGAAAGCGAGAAAUCCAGCGAAACCGGCGAAACUGGCCGAGGCGCCUCAGGCCGUCUGGCCACGUCCGGAGCUGGCCCGGCGGUUCGGAAAGGCUCGCCGAGCCUGAGCCGCGCGAGGCUCGGAUUGGGCGAAAUCCGGCUAGACCUGGGUGCGUUGCGCGCGCGCACGGAGCGGGAUUUCAACUCGGAAGCGAUGGAAGUGCGCGCGCGGAAGGAGAAGUUCGCGUUCUUCGAAAAGGACUGCAGCCGCGUGCUGGAGCAUGUGUUCGUGGGGAGCGACUUUGUGGCGCGCAGCAGGGAGAUUCUAGGGGAGGCGGGCAUCACGCACGUGCUUAAUUGUGUGGGGUUCGUGUGCCCAGAGUACUUCCCCGGGGAUAUCGUCUACAAGACGCUCUGGCUGCAGGACAAUACAGCGGAGGACAUAACGUGUGUGCUGUACGACGUGUUUGACUACAUCGAGGGUGUGCGGGAGAGCGGCGGGCGUGUGUUCGUGCACUGCUGCCAGGGCGUCUCGCGCUCCACGUCGCUCGUGAUCGCCUACCUCAUGUGGACGCAGAGGAUGGAGUUCGAGGAGGCGUUUCGGCGGGUGAAGGCGGUGCGGGGCGUGGCCAGCCCCAACAUGGGCUUCGCCUGCCAGCUGCUGCAGUGGCAGAAGCGAGUGCUGCCGCCCAAACCACCCCCUGCAGCAACUCCAGCAUUAGCAGAUGUAGCAGUGUCAACAACACCAGCAGACACUGCAGCGCCAGCACCAGCAGCAGCAGGAGCCUCUUCGUUACCACCACCAUCGUCCAAAUCCCCGCCGCUGUCAGCAGCAGCAUUGCCGGGCGGCGUGGUUCGGCAGCACAUGUACCGCAUGGCGCCGCACUCCCCCUACGAUGCCCUCCACCUGGUCCCCAAAACCGUCCCUUUCUCUCGCGCCUCACUGGACCCCCGCGGGUGCUUUCUGGUGCAGGUGGGACCUGCCCUGUACUGCUGGCAGGGGCGAGAUUGCCACCCCCUCAUGGCGCAACAAGGCCUUGCCACAGCCAAGCAGAUCAUUAAGUAUGAAGAUUUGGGCGGGGAGCCGGUGCUGGUGAUGGGCGGGCAGGAGACGGAAGUUUUUCUGGCUGCCCUUGGGGAUGGGGGUGGUGGUGGGGGAGGGGUUGGGGGGCGGGAGGGGAGGGUGUGUGGGGGGGGUGGGGCAGGGGCGGAUGCUGAGCUGAUGAAAGUUGUGGCUCGGCAGGGGCUGACGUACCUUGGGCAGGAUGCAAAACUUUUAGAUGCUGGAGGAAAGAGUAGUGGCAAGGAGGGGUCUGAUGUGACUGCAGCAGCUGCGGUGCCAGAAGCAAUAGAAGUAAUAGCAGUGAGUGUAAAUGCCCCAACCACGCUAGAAGCAACAGCACCAGGAACACCAGCAGCAGCAGUGACCGCUGUGCCCGACUCAUCAGCUUCGGCUUCAGCGAGCAGCCCAGCAGCAGCAGCAGAGCCAUCGCCACACGCAGCUGACACGUCCGACUCUCAUCUCUCGCCCUCAACUCUCUCCUCCACCUCUAAAAGCGCAGCCCCGUUACAGCCUAACUCGACAACCCUUUCACCACCCAAGGCAAUCACCUCAACACCACCUGUCCACCCUCCUGCUCCCUCCCUGCCGCACGCUGCUUCUACCCCAAACCCCACUCACACCCCCGCCUCUCCUGUACCUCCCGACCCUCCUUCUCAACCCACCACGUCCGGAUCCCCAGGCUUCUUGGCCUUCCGAACCUCGUCCUCCAUAAUAGGCUCGGGAUCCAUCUUCGGUGCGGUGGACAGGUUCGCGCAGAAGCUCCGGCGCCGAAGCUGGGACCGCAAGGAAGCGGAGCAGCUUCGGAAGAUAGCUGCGGCGGUGGAAAGGGAAGGCACGGGAAGGAAAGAGAGAGGCAAGGAUGGAAAGGUGGGGGCAGAGGGGAAGGGACGGAAGGGAGAAGAGACUUCUUCAGAAGACAGUGGAGCAGCAGCAGGAGCAGAAGCAGCAGGAGGGGGGGGAGGAGAAGGAGGAGGAGGGGCGGGUAGACGCAAAGGCAAAGAGGGUCGGACAAGGAGGAGUGAGAGCCUAUCAGAGGAGCAGCUGGAAGCCUUAGCAGGGCAGCUGCGGUGUGGGGGGCUGCUAGACCCCUCUGACAUCCGCCUGCGCAGGCCGUUCCUUAGAGGGCUGGGGCGCGCUGGGGGGGGUGCAGACUGGGGCAGGCGGAAGCUGGCACAGGGGGAGGGGGGUGGGGAAGGGGGGGAAGGUGAGGAGGGGCGUGGGGGGGGUGAGGUAGUGGAGGAGGGGGGAGGGGGGCAGGGAGGAGAGGGAGAGGAAGGGAGUGUGGAGGAGCGAGAGAGUGGGGAAGGGGGGGUAGCAGGGGAGGAGGCGGUGGGGGGAGAGGAUGGGCGGGCGGAGAGAGGGCGGACAGGGGGUCGGAAGAAGAGGGGUGAGGGGCGGGGGAUGAGGGCUCUGUCUCCAAUGCGCCUGCUGGCGAAGCUGUCAGGGGCAGCAGGGGGGGAGAGGGAGCAGAGGGAGCAGAGGGUUGUGGGAGAGGGCGGAGAAGGCGUGCCGGUGAGCAGCAGUGGAGUGAUGUGCCUGCGGCUGACUGCAGUGUCAUCGCCUGUGGUGCCUGGUAAGACAGGCGGGCCGAAUGUGCCUCCCAUUGCUAGUGGGGAGGGUAACAGUGGCCUAGACAGUUCCCCAAUGACCCCUCCUGCUGCUUCUCCUACCGCUGCUGCUGCUUGCCCUGGAGAAGGAGCAGGAUCAUCUACAGACUCACCUGAUGCAGCACCUGAUGCACCUGAUAGGGAAACUGGUUCAGUGGCAGCCGAUGCGGUCAGUGCACCACCUGCAUCCCGAACUCCUCCCUCUCCUGUUCACGCUGGCACUCUAGUGGCUCCUACAGACACACCAACUCCCAUCCCAAUCCCCACCCAAACCUCCGCUGCCCCAUCCUCCCCCUCACCCACCGCCUCCCUUCCCCCCUGGACGGCUCUCCCUCGUCCCGACUACGACACUGAUUUUGAAUAUUUCGACAAGGCUUUAACGGGCGGCACGCCCCGGCCUGUAGCGGGCUUCGUCUCCCCCUCAGCCAAGUCCAAGGUGCUGCCACACAAGGGCCGUGGCUGGCUCUCUGAUGAAACCACCUGGAAAGACGAUCCCUCAGGUUUGGCACCUGGCUCGGGAGGAGGAGAUCGGGUGGCAGGAAGUGCAUUCGGGUCAAAGGAAUGGCCGUGCUGGAACCCAAAGAACAGGUUCGGAGCACUAGGCUUGGCAGGAGGUCCGGGGCUGCCGUCGCCCUCGUCCUUCUCCCCUCGCUCGCUUGCAUUCUUCCCUCCUGGCGGCAUGGGCAUCUAUGGGCAGGAGCUGGUGCGGGCUGUGCCCAAGGCACAGCAGCAGGAGGUGGGGAAGGGGCGAUUGGGACAGGGAUUGGGACAGGGGCAAGGACAGACAAAGGGUAGACUUGGGGCAGCACCCAGCAGCAGCCACAGUGUGGGUGUCACUGGCAUGGCGUAUCCAGCGCUGGGGGCAGGAGGCGAGGAGGUGGAUUCAGCAGGGGGGCUGGGGCUGGAAGGCGAGACUCUGGGGAGUGGGAGUGUGGCCCCUGCGAGGGGAGUGGGUCGCUAUGGGGGGGUCUCUCGGGAGGAGCUGCUCACCACGCCUCGUGGUGCCAGGUUGUCGCUUAAACCGCCCUGGGCAACAGGCUCGGAUAAAUUCGCCAGUGCCAGCUCAGUUGGAGGUUCGGGAGCUAGCUCUGGCAGCAGCAGCAAUGCAGGAUUGCCCAGGGUGCUGAUUAAAGCUGAGGUUUCGGCAAAUCAUGCUAACGACAGGAGUACACUUUCCACGGUUCAAGACUUGAGCCCUACCGAGGAGUGUACAGUGACCCCUGACAUCCCUACAACCUGCUCGCUGAAUGCGGUCCCAGUGAAGGCCUUCGAAGGCCGCUUUAACAAUGACAAUGGGUCGUGUAACGGAGCUGAUGAUCAUUGUAUUGACGCUAACGGUGGUCUCUCAUGUUUGAUUCCUGGUCCUGCUUAUGCUAUGACGCCAAGAGGCCGUGCUCCACCCACGUCCUUUGCUGACUUGGACAAAAAGGGGAUGGGUGGUUGGGGCAGGGAUGGAGCUAGCAAGGCUCCUCCACUGCCAAUGCCAAGUAGAAGGUGAUACCAAUACUUGAUUUGUUCUGACCUUUCAAAUAAUUUUUGGGAUGAUGCUGAAAGCAGCCUGCACAAAGGCC